AUGGAUCGAACAGCUGAUUCAACACGUCACGGCGAACCAGAUGAGUCGGGCUUCGACGAUCGAUACCACAGACACUCGGCCUCUUCCGAUGCCAGCUUGCGCCCACAAAACUCGGCUUCGCGUUUAGACCUACAUUCUUCCUCUGCGCAUGUGCGUGACUCGUCUCGCUCGCACUCGCCGUGCCAAGCUGUCGACGAUCGCAUGUCCUCGACCAAGCUUACCAACAAGACAGCACUGCGUAUCGACCACCUAACUCACAACGUCUGCGAAUCACAUUUGCGCCACAUCUUUGGCUGGUACGGCCGUGUGCAACGUGUUCAUCUCAUUCCCAGCACAGCGCAAGCCAAGGAACGCAACGGAUCCGCUUAUGUUAUCAUGUCCUCAGUUGAAGAGGCUGCAAAAGCGGCACUUUACAUGAGCGGUGGCCAGAUCGAUGGUGCCACUCUCACAAUCAAGACGUGCCAAACGCCAACCGACCUUGCGCCACAACCCUCAGAGCGUCGGAGCAGAGAAAGCCCAGCUUAUGCAUCCUCGAGCAGAGAUCGAUACAUUUACGAUAAAGACCGUCGGCAUGGCCGCCAACACACACGAUGA